AUGACAACAAAAUCUAGUCAAAUUAUUACAUUAUCACAAAUAAAUUCAUUAAUUGAUUCAAAUAUUCCUAAAAAAUCGAUAAUUUGGAAAGAAUUUGGUAAUUAUCUUGAUAAAAAAGUCAAUAUUAUUACAAACUCUAAAAAUUCAUCAAAUCCAUUUUUGAAUAAUAAUCUUAUUGAUAAUUCGUAUUUAUCACAAUCAAUAGAAUAUAAAAUUUGUAAAUCUUGUCAAAGACCAAUUGGAAUUCAAAGUUUAGAAAAUCAUUAUUCAAAGUGUAUUGAAAUGAAACAAAAAAGACAACAAGAAAUAGCUGAUAAUCAAGCUAUUAAUAAUGGGUCCAACUCAACAACCAUCACAAAUAAUAACAAAAAGAAAAGAAAAAAUGGAGCAUUGGAUAUAGAUAUUUCAUCAUCAGUUGAUAGUACAAGAAAUAAUACUCCAAUACCAAAUACUAAUAUCAAAGAAAUUGAAACUGAAUUAACAAAUGGAAAUAAUACAAAUUCCAACAAUAUAAACAACAACACGGGGAAACCAAAGAAGAAAUACAAGAAAUCACAAGCUCAAAAGGAAAAAGAAGCAGCAAACGCAGCAGCUGCUGCUGCUGCUGCUGCAUCAACAGUUGAAAAACCCAUAAAAAAGACUAAGAAAAAUUCAGUGUCUCAACAAUCAUCAUCACCAACCAUCAACCCGGCACAGCAAAAACCUAAAACUAUAGCAAAACCAAAAGGUCCUGUAGAUGUUGAAAAACAAUGUGGUGUAGCAUUACCUUCAGGUGGAUUAUGUGCAAGAUCAUUGACUUGUAAAACUCAUUCAAUGGGUGCUAAGCGAGCUGUACCAGGUAGAUCAGCUCCAUAUGAUGUAUUAUUACAACAAUAUCAAAAAAGAAAUCAAGCUAAAAUUGCUCAAAAUAAUGCAUUGUUGGCUCAACGUAGAGAAAAUGCUGCUUUUAAUGAUGAUGGAUCAGAUUUAAAUUUUCAAAAUUCAAAUAAGAUUUUAGAUCCAGAUGAAGAAACUCAUUUGGUUUUGGAAGGAUUAUCUAAAAAUAAUCCAAUACCAUUAGAAAGAAAAAUAAUGAUGCCAGUAAGAUAUAGACAUCGUUUUUUACAAGCAAGAGAAUUUUACGCAAAUUCAUUAAUAAUAUCAGCACAACAUUCUCAACAACAACAACAACAGCAGCAACAACAAGCCCAACAACAACAGCCAAACGGAGAACAACAAACAUUAGCUAACCAAGCUAUAUCAGGUUCAAUAGGUGGUUUACAAGGUAGAUGUGCUUUAAUAAACGUUGAUGCUCAAUUAAAUAAUCAACAAGAUUCUCAAACUCAACUGUUUAGUGCAAUACCAGGAGAAAUGUAUCAAGUUAGAGCCCCUUCAAAAGCCAUUUUAAUGACUGCUCAACAUAAUAAUAUUCAACAACAAGCAUUCCAACAACAAUUUUUGAAGUAUCAACAAGCUCAGCAAGCUCAACAACAACAACAGCAACAACAGCAAAUGUUGAUGAGACAAAGACAGCAACAGCAACAGCAACAAGCUCAAAAUCAGUCAAAUCAACAACAACAACAACCACAGCAAAAACAAGCUCAAACUACAUAG